AUGCCGAGCAUCCGAGCUCCGGCGUCCAAGCAGACGGCCACGCUACAGGUGGCUGUCAAGUGCAGGCCAUUGACCGACACCGAGCAGCGGCGCUCGCGGCAUAUCAUACAGGUCAUUGAUGACAAGACUGUGGUUGUGCUGGACCCUGAUCUGUCAAAGGACUACCUGGACCUCAUCCAGAACCGGACCAAGGAAAGGAGAUAUACCUUCGAUCAUGUGUACGCGCCUGGAUGCUCCAAUUCGGACGUGUAUAAGAAUAUAUCCUCUACAAUUGCUGGUGUAGUCCAAGGCCUUAAUGCAACAGUCUUUGCUUAUGGUUCUACUGGAAGUGGCAAAACUUACACUAUGGUUGGAACCCAUAGCGAUCCUGGUCUGAUGGUUCUUAGCUUCCGGACAAUUUUUGAGCUGAUAAAAAAGGAUGACAGUAAGGAUACAUUUGAAGUUUCAUGUUCAUAUCUAGAAGUGUACAAUGAGGUUAUCUAUGAUUUGCUUGAGAGAUCCUCUGGACACCUGGAGCUUCGAGAAGAUCCUGAGCAUGGCAUAAUAGUUGCUGGGUUGAGAAGCAUUAAGGUUCACUCUGCAGAUAGGAUUCUUGAGCUGUUGAACAUAGGCAACAGUAGGCGCAAGACAGAGAGUACAGAAGCAAAUGCUACUUCUUCACGGUCACAUGCUGUACUUGAGAUUACCGUAAAGCGAAAGCAGAAAGGCCAAUAUGGUAACCAAGUUCUUCGUGGAAAGCUUGCCUUGGUUGAUCUUGCGGGCAGUGAAAGGGCCUCGGAAACAAACAACUUUGGGCAAAAGCUUAGAGAUGGAGCCAACAUCAAUCGGUCACUCCUAGCAUUAGCAAACUGCAUCAAUGCCCUAGGCAAGCAAAACAAGAAAGGUCUUGCCUAUGUUCCCUAUCGCAACAGUAAAUUAACUCGAAUUCUAAAGGAUGGGCUGUCUGGUAAUUCUCGAACUGUUAUGGUUGCUACAAUAUCACCAGCUGAUGAUCAGUAUCAUCACACAACGAACACACUCAAGUACGCAGACCGUGCUAAAGAGAUAAAAACACAUGUCCAUAAAAAUAUUGGAACACUUGACACUCAUGUUGAAGACUAUCAGAGGAUGAUCGACAAUCUUCAGGUUGAGGUUUCUCAGUUGAAAAAGGAAUUAGCUGAGAAGGAGCAUCAAUUAAGUAUAAAGCCUAUUGAAAAAGCUGCAGAUAGUGAGCUAUCUUGGUUAAAUGUCUUGAGCCAGGAAACUGGUGAGAAUGUUCAAGAACGCAUAAAUCUUCAGAAGGCUCUGUUUGAACUCGAAGAAACCAAUAAGCGCAACCGAAUGGAACUCCAGCAUCUUGACGAUUCUAUUGCAAGGCAUCAGGUGAAAGAAAUGGACUCUACAGUCCUCCAAGCUUUAACAUCAAGGAGACAAGUUAUUCUUGACAACAUCCGUGAUAAUGAUGAAACUGGUUCUGGAUAUAGAAAGGACAUUGAAAUGAAUGAGAGUCGCAGGCGACAACUCCAGGAUAUGAUUGAAGAAGCCAUCAGUAACAAUGGCAAUAAAACCUACCUGCACAUUCUCAGCCAGUACAGACUACUUGAAAUGACUAAUGCUGAGCUUCAAAUUGAGAUGGCUAUGCGGGAUCAAGUUAUACAUAAUCAGAGGGAAGCUCUAAGGAGCCUGUGGAACAUUCUCUAUGGAACGGGGCUAAACCAGAAGCAGAUUCUUAAAUUGGCUGCAAAGCAAGGAUUAACUGUAGAAGGCUGUCCUUUGCCUAGCUCAAGCCCAGAUGUUACCACGCCACCUUCCUUUCCACCUCAUAGAAGGUUUCCAUCGUUUAUGUCAUUUCCUAGUCCGCAGUCAGAGCCUUAUUCUCCGUCUGCUUGCUUUUUCCAACAUGGUUUCAGCACUAUGUCUUUGCUGAAAAAUCAGCAUGAGACGCCCACCAUAUGUAGGCAGGAGCACCUCAGUUCUUACUACAUGAUGUCUGGCUGCUCGCCUUACUCUGGUGAUGGAAAACAGUGGUCACGUGGAAGACCUAUGACAUUCUUUUCUACUCCAGAAAAACCUAAGGAGGUGAGCAGUGUAUACCGGGGAACAGAGAAUGCACAGUCCCAACACAAGAAGGAACAUUCUGGCAGUCAUGAUUUCAGUCUGCAUAGAAAGCUUUCUAGAAUCGAAUUUAAAUUUGGAGAAUCAAAUAUUGGACUUACCAUAAUUGUUAGCAGGAUCCGUGGUCCAUGGAAAGGAAAUGACGGGCCUCGAGAUCCUUCUGGUACACAAACAUCUGUGAUGGCUACAAUGUGGCCUGUCUGA